UACCCCUUAUGAACAAUACGGCAAUAUAAGCGGUGACUACAAAAACCCUAAACCCCUCCAUUUCUCUCUCUGCAAAUAACGCGGCACGCCAUCACGGAGCUUAGGUUAAACAAAAUAAGGUUUUUUUCGUCAAAAGGUUUGUUGGUUUCUGGAAGAUUUAAAAAUGCUUGUAUUGUUCGAGACUCCGGCGGGCUUUGCCCUUUUCAAAGUAUUGGAUGAAGGGAAGCUAAAUAAAGUUGAGGACUUGUCAAAGGAAUUCUUGGCUGCUGACUCAGCAAGAAAGGUUGUGUCGUUGAAAGCCUUUUCCAAGUUCGAAAACACUGCAGAGGCUUUGGAAGCUGCGACGAAAUUACUUGAAAGCACACCAAGCAAGGGUCUGCGCAAAUUCUUGCGUGCUCAUUGUGAUGGUGAAACAUUAGGAGUGGCUGAUUCAAAGCUUGGAAAUGCAAUUAAGGAAAAACUGAAAAUUGAUUGCAUUCACAAUACCUCUGUCAUGGAAUUGCUGAGAGGCGUAAGAACUCAGUUGACAGAACUCAUAUCUGGCCUAGGUGCACAAGAUCUGGCUCCCAUGAGUUUGGGUUUGUCCCAUAGCUUGUCUCGUUACAAGCUGAAGUUCAGUGCGGAUAAGGUGGAUACGAUGAUUGUUCAAGCCAUUGGUUUGCUUGAUGAUCUUGAUAAAGAGCUCAACACAUAUGCGAUGAGGAUUCGUGAAUGGUAUGGUUGGCAUUUUCCGGAGCUUACUAGGAUUGUGCAGGACAAUAUCCAUUAUGCCAAGACAGUGAAGCUAAUGGGUGACCGAGCUAAUGCUGCUAAGCUUGAUUUCUCAGAGAUAUUACCGGAAGAAGUUGAGACAGAAUUGAAGGAGGCAGCAGUGAUAUCCAUGGGAACCGAAGUUAAUGACCUUGAUCUUAUGAAUAUCAAAGAACUAUGUGAUCAGGUUCUGUCACUUUCUGAAUACAGGGCUCAACUGUAUGAUUAUCUAAAGAGCCGGAUGAACACUGUUGCACCGAACUUGACCGCUCUUGUUGGUGAACUUGUUGGUGCUCGCCUCAUCGCUCAUGGUGGCAGCUUGUUGAAUCUUGCAAAGCAGCCUGGAAGUACCGUUCAGAUUCUUGGUGCUGAAAAGGCUCUCUUCCGAGCUCUUAAGACAAAGCAUUCAACUCCCAAAUACGGGCUUAUCUACCAUGCAUCCUUGGUUGGUCAGGCAGCACCAAAGCACAAGGGGAAGAUUUCAAGGUCACUUGCUGCAAAGGCUGCAUUGGCAAUCCGAUGCGAUGCUCUUGGAGAUGACCAAGAUAACUCUAUGGGACUUGAGAACCGAGCCAAGCUCGAAGCAAGAUUAAGGGCUCUUGAAGGCAAAGAAUUGGGAAGAUCUGCUGGGUCAGCUAAAGGCAAGCCUAAAAUUGAAGUCUAUGACAAGGAUCGAAAGAAGGGGGCCGGGUUGAUAACUCCUGCCAAGAGUUACAAUCCUGCAGCAGAUUCAGUUCUCGGGCAAACAACAAACUCGGGUGCUCUUGAUGAGCAAGACACAGCCCCAAGGAAGAAGAAAAAGGUCGAGGUCGAACCUCAGGAGGAGGAAGCAGCAGAAGUGGCUGCUAUUGAAGAUAAAAAAGAGAAGAAGAAGAAAAAGAAGAAAGCUGAUCAGGAAGCAAGUUUGCCAAUUAGUGGAAACGAACUGCAAAACGAAGAGCCUGUGCCGAAGGAAAAGGAAAAGAAGAAAAAGAAGAAACGUCAAGCCAAGGACAGUGGGGAGAAUGUUGAAGGAGAGAAGGAGGAGAAGAAGAAGAAGAGAAAACAUGUAGAAGAAGAAGAGCCUGAAGUGCAGACCAAGAAAGAGAAAAAAAAGAAGAAGAAAAGUGGUGAUUGAGAAAACAAGAAAAUUUUUGUUGAGUGUUAGGUAAACAAGUUUUUUGAGUAAUAUGCUUGUAAAAUGUAGUAUUUUGCUGAGUUGUUAAUUAUGUGCCAGUGUUUCUUUAAACCCUAAUUCUGAUGUAUUAUCAACUUCCUUAUGGAUGCAAUUGCAAUGAUAUAUCAGAACAUUUUUUUCA